UGUACUUGCUUCAUCCCAAGAAAAUUUGGGAGCCCAUGGAGGCACAGAAAAUGUAUCCUCGGAGUAACUCAGAUUCUGAUGUUACCUUAAGUUCAUCUGCUUUCAAGGCCGAAGAACCUACAAGUAAAAUCGUCAAGUCAUCUGGUGACUUAUGUAGGGGUGAAGAUGGCGCAGAUACAGGUGAAAUUUAUGAGGAUAAUAAUUCAAAGGAAUCUAGCAUGUGCAGUGUAGAAAUGGAUGUCAGUUGCCAGAAUGGACUUUGUACAAGAGCACCGGAUUCUUGCAACUCGAUGCAAGGUUCUUAUGAGGAGAAUGGAAUAUCUGAUCCCAUUGUGAACAGCACUUCUAAUUCUGAUAAUUGCUCAUCAUGCCUAAGUGAGGGGGACAGCAACACGACCUCAUCUAAUCAUGGAAAUCAGGAAUCUUCAUCCACCUCAGAUUCAGAAGAUGCGAGCCAGCAAUCAGGAGGAAAAGAAACUUCUGUUUGCAUUCCAAAUGGUUUUACAGAGUGCAAUGAAGUUGGUAUUGAGAAUAAUCCGAAUGUGAAGAGAAGGGAGCUUACAGAAAGCAGGGAAUUGACAGGUCUUCCACCGAAUGGGGGGACUAAUCCAUUGACAAAUGUUCAGAGUUUUGAUAAUGGAAUAUCUGCUGCUAGCUUGGGUUCCCAGCAGCAAAGCAUGCUUCCUACGAUGCAAAACCAAAAUGUACACUUUCCUGUGUUUCAAGCUCCUUCGACAAUGGGUUACUAUCACCAAAGUCCAGUUUCAUGGCCGCCUGCUCCAACCAAUGGAUUAUUGCCGUUUACUCAUCCCAACCACUAUUUAUAUGCUAGCCCCCUUGGGUAUGGUAUUAAUGGAAACUCAGGUUUCUGCAUGCAGUAUAGUCCUAUGCAGCAGCUACCUACUCCCUUGUUUACGCCUACCGCGGUUCCAAUGUAUCAACCACUCAUCAAUACGGAGGAGCAGUCCCAAAUUUCCAAGUCAGGUGUGCAAGAAUCUCCUAAUGAAGCUAAUACAGAGAGUUUGGAUGGAACUGGACAUCAUUCUAUGCAAGCAGCAUCAAGUGGAGAAGGAGCACAUGAUGAUAAUUCUGGCAAAUUACAUAUGGACAACGGUGGCUUUUCUUUAUUCCAUUUUGGUGGUCCUGUUGCUCUUUCAAGUGGAUGUAAUUCAAAUUCUAUGCCUUCGCAAGAAGAGAUUGUUCGGGAUUUUCCUAUAAAAUGUUCAGAUCAUAUUGAGAAUGUGUAA